UUUAAUUAAUAUUAGUUUUAUUAUUAUUACAAACAUUAUUUUAUAUAUAUGCUAAAAUGCAGUCAGUAUGAUGAACAUGCAAAUUACAGUGAUUGUAAAUGCUAUUAUACGCUUCCGAGCACCACGCACGUCACAAUGCACCACUCCACGAAGCCACGCCUACUAGUGGACCCUGCCGGAUCCGCUGCCGCCUCCGAUGACUGUGCGGACUCUGCCGACGAGCUCGAGCUUCUUCUCCUCUCCUCGGCCAUCUGCAACAACGAGGACUUGGACCCCUUCAUUCGCAAGGCGUUCUCGUCUGGGAAGCCCGAGACUCUGCUCCACCACCUCCGUCACUUCUCCCGAUCUAAAGAGUACGAAAUCGAGGAGGUCUGCAGGGCUCACUACCAGGACUUCAUCCUCGCCGUCGAUGAUCCCCUCCUCUCCGACGUCGAUUCCCUCAAGCCCUCCCUCUCCGACACCAACUCCAGCCUCCAGUCCGUCGCCGGUCCACUCCUCUCCUCCCUUGAUGACUUCCUCGAGGCCCGCGUCGUUUCCCAAAAUGUCUAUCUUGCCCUGCAAUCCCUCGCCACAUGUAUACGUCUGAUCGAGGUUUGUUCCCGAUCCAACUAUCACCUUUCCAACAACAAUCUUUACAUGGCGUUGAAGUGCUUGGACUGCAUCGAGACCGAGUUCUUGGACAAAAUGCAUUCGUCCACGCUGAAGAGGAUGCUGGAGAAGAAGAUUCCCGAGAUUCAGGCUCACAUUGAGAGGAAAGUGAGCAAGGAUUUCGGUGAUUGGCUGGUCGAGAUCCGCGUAGUGGGCCGGAACCUAGGCCAAUUAGCCAUUGGCCAAGCCUCCUCGGCGCGCCAACGUGAAGAGGAUCUCCGAAUCAAGCAGCGCCAAGCGGAGGAACAGACCCGUCUUAGUCUCCGAGACUGUGUUUACGCUCUUCGAGAAGAGGACGAGGAAGACGACAACGACCGCAAUGUACUGAGCAACGACAGUAACAGCGGCUUCGAUUUGACACCGCUGUACAGAGCUUAUCACAUAAACCAAACUCUAGGACUUGAGGACUGGUUCGCGCAGUACUACUUCGAGAACCGGAAGCUCCAAUUGACGUCGGACUUUCAGGUAUCGUCCAUGACUCCAUUUCUAGAAUCCCACCAAACAUUUUUCGCGCAGAUCGCCGGUUUUUUUAUCGUGGAAGAUCGGGUUUUGAGGACCGGUGGGGGUUUGAUUUCGAAAUUGGAGGUCGAGAACUUGUGGGAGACAGCCGUCAGUAAAAUGUGUUCCGUCUUGGAGGAUCAGUUCUCUAGGAUGCAGACCGCGAGUCAUUUUUUGUUGAUCAAGGACUAUGUGAGCUUGUUGGGAGUGGCUUUGAGGAGGUACGGGUACCCGGUGGACGCUUUGUUGGACGUGCUGAGUAAACAUAGGGAUAAAUACCAUGAACUGUUGUUGUCGGAUUGCCGGGGGCAGAUUAUUGAGGCCCUCGCGGCCGAUAAGUUUGAACAGAUGUUAAUGAAAAAGGAGUACGAGUAUUCUAUGAACGUACUUUCAUUUCAGCUUCAAACGUCGGAUAUUGUGCCGGCAUUUCCUUAUGUGGCGCCGUUUUCGUCUACAGUGCCAGAUUGUUGUCGAAUUGCGAGGUCCUUUGUGGAGGAUUCCGUGAGUUUCAUGUCGUAUGGUGGACAGUUAGAUUUUUAUGAUGCGGUUAAGAAGUACUUAGAUCGGCUCUUGAGCGAGGUUCUGGAUGAGGCUUUGUUUCAGCUUAUCAAUACGUCUGUGCAGGGGGUGUCGCAGGCGAUGCAGAUGGCAGCCAAUAUGGUUGCCAUGGAGCGUGCUUGUGGUUUCAUCUUUCGUCAUGCUGCUCAGCUAUCGGGGAUCCCCUUGAGAAUGGUCGAGAGGGGUAGGAGAAAGUUUCCUUUGAGCAGAGCCCGUGAUGCUGCGGAAGACAUGCUCUCUGGGUUGCUGAAAGCCAAAGUUGAUGGGUUCAUGACGUUGAUUGAGAACGUGAAUUGGAUGGCUGAUGAGCCUCCAAAGAGUGGGAACGAAUAUUUGAAUGAGGUUAUUAUAUAUUUGGAAACUCUAGUUUCAACUGCUCAACAAAUAUUGCCGGCUCAGGUCCUCAAAAGGGUUUUACAAGAUGUUCUUUCUCACAUCUCCGAGAAGAUUGUUGGUUUUUUACUUGGUGACUCGGUUAAGAGGUUUAACGUUAAUGCGAUCAUGGGGAUUGAUGUCGAUAUUCGGUUUUUGGAGUCGUUUGCGGACAAUCAAGCUCCCAUUUUUUCAGAUGGGGAUGCAAAUCAGUUGAAAACGUCACUUGCAGAGUCAAGGCAAUUGAUUAAUUUGCUCCUGAGUAAUCAUCCAAAGAAUUUUCUGAAUCCAGUAAUCAGAGAGAGGAGCUACAAUACUUUGGACUACAGGAAAGUCGUGACGAUCUCAGAAAAGUUGAGGGAUUCCUCAGAUAGGCUAUUUGGAACCUUUGGGACACGGGGAGCAAAGCAGAACCCGAAAAAGAAGUCUCUGGACGCUUUGAUAAAAAGACUCAAGGAUGUUAGCUGAUCGGAUUCCUAACUGUAUGUACAAUCAUUCAUCUUCUUCUCUUACUUGUGCUGAUUAUCAUUUGGAUUUGUUUAUAGCGGUUCUUUGCAAACAUUUGCUUGAGAAUAAAGCCUGCCAAUAGGUGUCCUCUGGUUGUCCCAGGAAAUUUGCUUGAAUUAUCUUGUACGUAUCCCUUUCAUGAUUAUAUAUUUGUUGUUUAUUGAGUU